UCACAAAAACUUAUGAAUCUGGCGGAGCUUUUACGAGGGAUUGGAGAGUGGUAGAGGUUUCACGUUCGUGGGGGAUAUAGUCUGCUAAAUUUGGGAUACUAAAUCUGGCAACCUUUGAAGGCUUGAGGGCAAGGUCGUCCCUGAAGCAACCCAUCACGGAGGACGACGAGGAGGAGUGCAGACCUUGGCGUCGCAGGCUAUCAAUGGCGGUCACAUGGGCCUCCGUCUUCAGGAUCGCCCUUCUCCUCCUUCUUUUGAUCGCUAUUACCACUGCUUGCUUUACUCUUCCCGUCGAGAAGAUAUUGAAAGAUUUCCUACUAUGGAUUGAACAAAAUCUAGGAAAUUGGGGUCCACUUGUUUUGGCCAUUGCUUACAUCCCUCUAACGGUUCUGGCAGUUCCAGCUUCAGUACUCACGCUUGGAGGGGGUUAUCUCUUUGGGUUACCCAUUGGCUUUGUUGCUGAUUCAAUUGGUGCUACUAUUGGUGCUACAGCUGCAUUCCUUCUUGGUAGAACAAUUGGGAGGUCUUACAUUAUCUCGAAGUUAAAGAAUUAUCCACAGUUUCGGGCAGUUGCAAUUGCAAUUCAGCGAUCUGGAUUCAAGAUAUCGUUGCUGCUUCGGCUUGUUCCCUUACUUCCAUUUAACAUGUUGAAUUACCUCCUGUCUGUGACCCCCGUCGGGAUAGGAGAGUACAUUUUAGCUACCUGGUUGGGAAUGAUGCCAAUUACACUUGCAUUGGUUUAUGUUGGAACAACUCUCAAAGAUAUUUCAGAUGUGACGCAUGGAUGGGGCGAGAUUUCAACGACUCGUUGGGUGCUUAUUGUACUGGGUUUUGUUGUCUCUGUGGUGCUGAUGAUAUGUGUUACCAAAGUCGCAAAGUCAUCAUUGGACAAAGCCCUUGCUGAAAACGUGGAGACAGACGGAGUCUUGGCCUCGCCACAGCUGCCCACAACAGCUGAUGCACCCUUGGAUCUCCACCAGCCUCUUAUAAUCAAGAUAGACCCUUAAGAAGAUAAUCAUGAAAAGUGAAACCCCUUUCCCAUGUAAAUUCUCUCCCCCUCUUCAUUGUUCCUAUACCAAUUCGUUUAGGUUUGAAUCUCCAGAGAAAAGAAGAAAGGAACUGGCUGUUUUUGUUAUUUUUUAGGUUUUUAAUACAAAGCAUUUGUGUGCGGCACUCUGUGCAUUUCAUUCUUGGACAAUGUAGUUCUUUCUAUGGUGACACAUGUAUUUGCAGAGAUAAAUGCCCAAUUUUGUGGGGGAAGGAGCCAAGGAUGUGUGCUCUGAAGUGUAAAUUGUCCAAUUCAAUUGACAAAGGAAUAUAAAUUUAGUCCAA